GUCAAAACGGUGUCCUUUUCCCUUGCAUCAUCGCUUCAAUAGGCAGCCCCUUCGUGCGUUACUCUCGCUCACUCGUCCAGCAGUCAUAUUAUAGCAGGGCACUGAGAGCACUAGUCGGCCGUCGCAGCAGACGAGGCAGUCUUACCGCUCCAACAUCGCCCUUCCCCUCCUCCCCAAGAUGACGACCGCCGGCCCGCUGUCAAGCACUAGCACCAGCACAUUCCGCACCUCGCCACUAGCCACCACAACCCCCCGCGCAAGAGUCCGUCGAAGCCUGCCAGCCACCGCCAACCUCUCCCUCGCACCCCUCACUCCUCCCCCUAGCGUCACCGUCAUGACCGACCCCAACCGCGACGAAAUCCCUUUCUCGCGCCACAGACAUCGCUCCACCUGCGAUGCAUGCAAACUCCGCGCGGAACGCAUAGCCGAAGCCAAGGCAAAGGUGCAGACGAUUCAGGCGGAGAGGCAGCAGCAGUUGAAGUUGGUAGUCACUGCGCGGUCGCCGCAGAAAAGAGCUGGCGCGUUUGAUGUGAGCGUCACACCUCCGGUGACGCGGACGCGAAGCAGGUCGUUCACGUCAGUGGCGGCGAAAGUGGAUAGCGGGUUGAGAAGUCCGGUGUCGUCGUCGCCUAGGGGGUCGAAGAGUCGGCCGAGAUCUGUCGCCGACGUGCCUUUUACGGUGGCUGCUGAUGCGGAGCUUAGCGCUGCCGGACAUGUCGCAGCAGCAGCUGAGCCGGCGGGUACGGACUUGCAUGGCCCACGAGUCCUUACACCUGAUGCUCAGGCUUCCGUGUCCGUUUUGAAAGAGGAAGAGGGCAAGUCGCUUCUUCCAUCCCCAGCCCAAUCACCAUCAACCGAGCACCUUCCCUAUGCUGAUGUCAAAGGUUCCGAAUCAGCGGUGUCGGCGUGCGAUGUUCAUAUCGAAGGAGCAGCAGUCUCGAUCCCCAUGUCCAUCAUACUCCCUGUCGUGGAAGACGCGAAAAUCACGGUAGUAGAAGGGCCAACACCUGCUGGCAGCGUACGAGACGUCGAUACAGCGGAAGGACAGAUGGGCGUACCCGAGUCUCCGGCGGUGCAGCCACCGGCCAGCGCCAUCGUUAUCUCACAGAUACUCCCCAUUGCAGAAGGCGCUGAACAUAGCAUCUUCAUGACGGAAGACGAGAAAACUGCAACAAUCAUCGACUGUCACCACCCCAUACCCUUAUCAGCAAUAGCCGUAUCUGACGGCGACUCGAUCGAAAGUCCUACAACCGUCCAAGCGGCCCUUGAUACGGCAAACAACAACCAAGAAGCGCAUGUGAAAGAGUCCAACAACACCGCAUCAAACCCAUCACCCCAACCCACUCCGCGCCCCCCGCGCCGCCCCCGCGUCGACAUAACCAACCUAACCGCCGUCUCCACGCACUUCCAAACCGCCUCCACAACCCUCCUCUCCCUCCAAUCCCGCACCACCACCCCCACCCAUCUCAAAUCCGCAUACAUAACCACCGCCGAACACCUCACCCACCUCGCCCGCGAACUGUGCGUCUCCUACCGCCCCCCAGCGGACGCGUGCACCGACCCCGUCCUACGCAAGCAGCUCACGACGGAUUUGGAGCAGGUGGAGGUGCUGGCGGUGCAGCUGGGGGCUGUGACGAGGCGCGUCAAGGCAAGUGAGGUGGCGGAUUGUGAUGGAGUUGCGGUGUGUGCACGGAAUUUGGUGGGGAGGUGUUUGAGGGCGGUGGAUGCGUUGAAGGCUGUGGGGAUCAGGCUUUGAGGGUGCGUGUAGUGUAGUGUAGUGGAGGAUGACUUUUUCGUUCGGAGUGUAGGGCGUAGGACUGCUGUCUUUUUCUUUUUUACGUGUAGAUGCUGUUUUUUGAGAGGGUUAUGUAAUUUCUUGUAGGCCCUAGGUAGUUUGAUAUCCCUUGGACUAUGUGUCGGUGUACUGUAUAUUCUUUCUCCAUCCCUACGUUUCCCCGACGACGACCGGCGAUUGUAAUGAACGUAUGGAGUUUUCUGCAAUCACAUAUCGGAAAGACGGGUGGAUUCGAAAUUUGCGGA